AUGCCAGGUGUUUCCGUUAGAGACGUUGCUGCUCAAGAUUUCAUUAACGCUUACGCUUCUUUCUUGCAAAGACAAGGUAAGCUAGAAGUUCCAGGUUAUGUUGACAUUGUCAAGACCUCUGCUGGUAACGAAAUGCCACCACAAGAUGCCGAAGGUUGGUUCUACAAGCGUGCCGCUUCCGUUGCUAGACACAUCUACCUAAGAAAGCAAGUCGGUGUUGGUGCUCUAAACAAGCUAUACGGUAACGCUAAGUCUAGAGGUACCAGACCAUCUAAGCACGUUGACGCUUCUGGUUCCGUUAACAGAAGAGUCCUACAAGCUCUAGAAAAGAUUGGUGUUCUAGAAAUCUCUCCAAAGGGUGGUAGAAGAAUCUCUGAAAACGGUCAAAGAGAUUUGGAUCGUAUCGCCGCUCAAACUUUGGAAGAAGACGACGAAUAA